GCUCCCCUCCCCUCCCUUCCCUCCCUCCUACCCGGGUCCCAGCACAGAGCGAGCCACAGCUGUGGUGCAGGAGGAGGCUAGACUCACACUGAACAACGCUACUGUUGGGAAGGACCGGUGAUACAGCAAAACCAAGAGCCACAUCGUGGAAAACAAAUGGGAUGGAUUAAACCUUUUUACGCCACCGUUUAGCGAUCGUAUUGGGACUUACGUCACAGCACCACGGAUAAAAGGUCGCUUCAUUUGUAGUUUUCUUUGAAAGGGAAGAGCUAAAAAAAUAAAAAGAAAAAAAAACCACGUCAGAGUGUAGCUUGUGUUUAGCCCGGCGGUGAUGGAUACUUGAAGCUAGCUAGCCGACGUUACUUCUCUGUCAGGCGAGUAGCGGUUGCUAUAAAUUCGCUCUGUUGCUCGUCUGUCCCCCCUGUUUUCACGCCUGGUCUUUGUAAUGUACAUUAUGAUCGAUCGUGAUUAACAAAACCACAAACUGAAAACGCCGGUGAAUUAGGUAUCAGCUGACGCUAGCUUGCUAGCUACACGUAAAGCGGCCACCAGCUUCGUGUCUCAUUCUAACAUUUAAUCGCAAGAGAGUGGCUGUUGCUAAAAGUCCAACUUCCCCAGACAUUUAAGAAAAACUGAUCAUUUUUCCCCCCUUUUUUUUUUUGGUCGUGUUAUCCGUUCAUCGUAGUUUUGUCAAAACGGCGGCGUUAACGUGCUUCAACUUUGUUACAUACUGUCAGAGACCAACUACCCCCCGGAUUUUCUUAAUAUGCAUCAUCCGGACCCCACUGGAGACUCUGGCAGUGUUCGAAAGAUGGCGCAGCCGGCUGUCUUUCACAGAAGGGGUAGCAACACAAGCAGCGGGAGCGGCUCCUUGCUGUCAACACCGGUGGUCACCAACAGUCACGGCUCGGGUGCUGAAGAAUAUCAGACCUCCCUGUUGAUUCAGUGCCAAACUCAAGCUGGCUCAUCCUCCCCAGGUCCCCACCAUCCUCCUUCCCACAGCCUAAAUCUACAUUCCCAAGCCACACAGUCUGCUGGGGCUCAGAUGAAAAAGAAGAGCGGUUUCCAGAUCACCAGCGUGACUCCGGCGCAGAUAUCUGUGAGUACCAAUAACAGUAUUGCGGAGGACACCGAGAGCUACGACGACCUGGAUGAGUCCCACACGGAGGAUCUCUCAUCCUCCGAAAUCAUGGAUGUGUCCCUUUCACGAGCUAAUGACGUAGUUGGAGCGGAAAGAAGCUCAUCUGAGGAGACCCUGAAUAAUUUUCAUGAAGCUGAAACCCCAGGGCUGCUGUCACCCAACCAGCCUUCACACCCCCAUUCUCUGAAUCAAGCACCGAAUCAUGGUGGGGGUAUGGUCAAUGGGACUCUGCAUCGUCACCCUCAUCCUCAGAACUUCCCGCUGUCUGGGUCCGUGGACGCCUCGUCAACCCUUGCCUCUGUCAUUCAGAAAAUGCCUUCAAAUGUUGGGGUCCCUCAAGAGGUUGGCCCUUCUCAGCCUGUGGGGAUGGCGAGCCUGGGAUCCACUCCCGGAAUGCACAGCUCCGCUACAGGCACUGCAGUUAGUAUAGAUAAUCCCCAGACCAGCAGUGUUAGUAAUGUGAAUAUGUUGAGCUCUGCCAAUGUGCCUGUGAGGAGGGGAAUAAGCGCAAGUGCGAGCAACAGCUCCGGAGGCUUUCCUCUCAACGCGAAAAGCGGCGCCGCGGGUGGUUCCGCGGCAUCUGGGGGCAACCUCAUGACCAACGCCAAUAACACCAUGAUUCAGCAACAACAAACUCUCAACUCAAACAUCUCUUUGAAUGCUUCAACCACUUCUGCCGUCACUGUUGCCAGUGUCACCGGGGGGCCGUGUGUCUCGAGCGGAAUCCAGGGACGACACGGUUCUGCUACGCUGCAGUCCGCGAAUGCCCCUGUUAGCGUCUCAACGAUUUCUGCCCAAGCCGCCCCAGCUCCUGCACCUGUGGUGGCUCCCGCCAGUUCUCGCUUUAGGGUGGUCAAGUUGGACUCAAGUUCCGAGCCCUUCAAGAAGGGCCGAUGGACGUGCGCUGAAUUUUAUGACAAGGACACCCCAAACUCCGCCUCUUGCUCAUCUACAUCUGAUGCUGGCAGCAUGCGCCAGUUUGUCUCUGAAAACUUUUCUGGGUGCUCAGAGAGGGAAAGCACAAGCGGUAGCUCUGUGAGUAGCACUAUGAGCACAGUGAGCCAUUAUAUGGAAAGUGUUUGCAGUAGUGACACUGGGGGACAUCCAGCUUCCCAACAUGCGCAAGAUUUCACCUCCCCUCCUCAGGGUUUCCAAGCACUCCACCCCAGUGGCUUGGUAGGCAUGGGCGUGUCUCAAUCACAACCACUUAUAAACCCCCUAGAUGUCACCCAUUCAAAUAUCCAGGCAAAUAUCACUUCCUCUACCCCCUCAAACAUGAAUCCGCCUGGACCGGCGCAAGGACACCCGAUCAGCAGUGGCAUGCCGAUCUCUGCCGUACCCCAGCAACAGCUUACCUAUGCCCAGGCCGUUGCAACUCAACCUCCAGGUUCCACGCAGGGCCUUGCAGGGGUUCAGCAGCACCAGCUUGGCUACGCCUCACUCCCCCAGCAUCCAUCUGCCACCCCAGUCCAGAUGAGACCCCAAGCUCCUGCAUCGCAACAUCUACUAAACCAAGCUAAUGGCGUGUGCCAGAUGAUGGGGGGCCUCCAGCAGUCCCAGGUAAUCCUCCAAAGUCAGCCCCAGCAGCCCUCAUCGCUCCAGGCGCCUCCCUCCAAUGCGGCCUUUCACCUCGGAGGAGCCGGUCAGCAGCCUCCGAGCCACGCUGCCCACCUGGACUGCCAGCAACAGAAACCGCAGUCCCUCCCGACUCAAAUCCAAAACAUUGCUUUGUGCAACCAGUUGCCCACUACGAUUCAAAACCAGGUGUCCGCACCUAGCGCGCCUCCAUCUAACACCGACCCCCACGCCCCUCCGCAAGUUCUCAACGUGGGUAACAAUAGAAUGCCCCCACAGGUUGUCCCCCAGAGUCUGUCCCAGGACCUCAGCAGUGCCCAGGCCCUGGCCCAUGCUGCUCAGGCUAGCGCCCUCUAUGCUAGUCUGCCCACCUUCACUACCACUCAGCUGCAAGAUGCCCAGCGACUCCUCCUCCAGCACCAGUCGGCCCUGCUGGGUUUGCCAAAGCUUGCUGGAGGCGACCCGGGAUCCAACACCGGCCAGGGUCAAGAAGCUGAAGGCAACGCUGCCAUCGCCAGUGCCUUAACUGCAUCAGCUGGUCUCAAAACUCUGGAUGGAGAGGAGGAUGGCUCGUCGGGAGCAAGUGUUGUGGCCAUCGACAACAAGAUUGAACAGGCAAUGGACCUGGUGAAGAGCCACUUGAUGUAUGCCGUGCGCGAAGAGGUGGAAGUGCUGAAGGAGCAGAUCAAGGAGCUGAUCGACCGCAACUCCCAGCUGGAGCAGGAGAACACCCUGCUCAAGACGCUGGCCAGCCCAGAACAGAUGGCUCAGUUCCAGGCACAGGUCCAGACCGCCUCCCCGCCCACCGCUCCCUCGACCGUCACCACCCCGGGUCCGGCGUGUACCAUCGCUCAAGCCGCCUCGCACACCUCUGGCCCCUCAGCUUAGCCCGGCGCGUGCAGACUGACUCAAUACUACUACUGCUAAUGCAACAGAGCUGAGGAGGAGGAGGAGGAGGGGAGGUGAUGCUGUUGAUCCAAGAAUUUGCACAUAUUUAUCCCUGAGAAGGAUGCAUCCAGCGGGACAAGUGCUGCACAAGGCGACAAUCGUGCAAGUCAUUGAACAUUUGCCAAAAAAAAGUUGACAUAUCAGCUAGAAUGUUUUCUCAACAAUAAGCAAAACCACAUAUUUCAACACAGAUGCUGAAAAGAUCACUGUGCCUGUGUGUGGCUCCUAGGCGAUGUCAAUUGUAUUGUUACAAGUGGAAGAACAGAAGACGGCUUUUGUUUUGUUUUUCAUUUUUGUCAUGUGUUGUAAAUAAACACGUUUCAUGCCUAGAAGAAGCUAAUGUUACAUUGAACGAAAAGGCCUUUUUUUUUCCCAGAAUGACAAAUAACGAAUGUGAGCAAAUAUCAAGACCAAGUCCCCAUCUGGAAUGGGGAAGGAGGGGAUCCCAAAGCUCUUAGAAAUAACAGCGGCAUGGAUUGUGUUACUUGGCUUUGGUGGAACAAUUUUUCUUAUAUUUUCAGUAUUUCUUUUCACAUUUCUUAGCUCUGCAGUGGCAUGGAAACGAAACAUUGUUUGGCAGGCAAAAGAACAUGUACAUUUCUGUAUAGUGUAAGUAAACAUGUAAAAUAGUGAGAGGAAGAGAAACAGAUGCAUCAGUAUCUUGGUCACAUGGCGUGAGCAGCGACAUGCUUACCUUGCUCGAACUGUUGUCUAUUUUUAAAAGCUUGUAUUUUCAAGAGCUAAGGACUUUGGUUAUUUAAACUGACGAGGUGCAGCCAACAAUGUUAUCUAGAACUGCCACUGCGACAUUCACUCUUCUUGUAAAACCCAUUAUUUUCUUCCUUUUCUGAUGUUGCACUUUUUUAUGAUUUAUUGUUUUAUGGUUUUGUUUUUGGACACUGAAAUACUUCUGGAUGGAAAGUAUCUGAAUAGCUCAACAUUAGAAGAAACAAUCUGCAACUUCUUGACAUUUCCCCAUUUCUUUCUGUGUAUCGGUUGUAUGCUCAUGUUUUGUGCAUGUUUCUGCAAGACUGGAUGAGAAGUUGUAACAUAACAUACUGCAAUUGCACUUGAAAGCUGCACUCAACUUUCAUUAAAAUGCUAAAUAAGCGUC